GUUCUCAACACCCUCCUCUCCAAAACACAGACACUACCACCAUGGUCUCCCUAGAAAGUGAUCAUUCAACCUCUAUAUCCACAGAACCCAUAUCAAGCCCUCGAAUCUCUUUCUCUUCCGACUUCCUUGAUGACAUCAAUUUCAUCUCCAUAACCCCAAAAGCUGAGAUCAGAAGAAACCAUGAUACAGAACAAGAGAAAUUACGUAAUGUAGACUUUGAGUUCUUCUCCAGCAAUGCUCCUAGUGAUUCCCUGUUAACAGCAGAUGAGCUAUUCUUUGAAGGUAAGCUGCUUCCCUUCUGGUCAAUUCAUCAUGCUGAGAAACUCAACAAGAUCUCACUAAAGCCAAAGGAGUUAGAGAUGGAAAAUGAGGAGGAUAAGAAGAAGAAGGAGGGGGAGGAGAACAAGGAGGAUAGUAGAAUCAGCUGGUUCAUGGAUGAUGACCCAUCUCCUCGGCCCCCUAAGUGUACUGUCCUAUGGAAGGAACUACUAGGACUGAGGAAACAGAGGGGAUCUUCAUUGUCACCAUCUUUAUCUACUUCAUCAUCUUCUUCUUCAUAUUCUUCGGGUUCAAUUGCUGAUAUGUGUUCUAUAAAUGAUGGGAAGGAAGGCAAAGAAAAGUCAUUAAACAGAGAGAAGCAUGUGAAGAGGAUAAAGAAAGAAGUGGAGAGGACAAGAUCAGCUAGUGUAAGAAUAAGGCCAAUUGUCCAUGUGCCCCCCUGCACUCAAGCAAAGACUACUGCAUUCCCACCCUUGUUUACUCUUAAGAAAGGAAGGGUUGUGAGGUAAAAGAGUGUAGGAUUGCAGUCAACUUCUUUUGUGGGAUUGUCCAAAAUGUUUAUCAUUUUUUUUUUUCAUAUUUAGAUGACUUAUGUUGAAUUGUAGAUCUUGAUGUAAGUGUGCCUCUUUUUUUCUUUUUUGGAUGACAUUAACAUUUUGUAUCUUAUCUUUUUCUCAACUAUGGGUAGAUCUAAUGUUAGAAUUCAGCAAGGAA